AUGCGCGCGGGUGACGCUCCAUGGCAGGUGUCGGGGUCUGGCGGCUGCCGGGGAUGGGCCCGCCGGCGCUUGUGCUGCUCGCGCUGUGCGUCGCGGGCGCUCGGGGGCUCUACUUCCACAUCGGCGAGACCGAGAAGCGCUGCUUCAUCGAGGAGAUCCCUGACGAGACCAUGGUCAUCGGCAACUAUCGGACCCAGAUGUGGGACAAGCAGAAGGAGGUCUUCCUGCCCUCGACCCCCGGGCUCGGCAUGCACGUGGAGGUGAAGGACCCCGACGGGAAGGUGGUGCUGUCCCGGCAGUACGGUUCCGAGGGCCGCUUCACGUUCACCUCGCACACGCCCGGCGACCACCAGAUCUGCCUGCACUCCAACUCCACCAGGAUGGCCUUCUUCGCCGGCGGCAAGCUGCGCGUGCACCUGGACAUCCAGGUCGGGGAGCACGCCAACAACUACCCCGAGAUCGCGGCCAAGGACAAGCUGACGGAGCUGCAGCUGAGGGCGCGCCAGCUGCUGGACCAGGUGGAGCAGAUCCAGAAAGAGCAGGACUACCAGAGGUAUCGGGAAGAGCGCUUCCGCCUGACCAGCGAGAGCACCAACCAGAGGGUCCUGUGGUGGUCCAUCGCCCAGACCGUCAUCCUCAUCCUCACUGGCAUCUGGCAGAUGCGCCACCUCAAGAGCUUCUUUGAGGCCAAGAAGCUGGUGUAGUGCCCGCCCUCCGUGUUGCCCUUCCUCCAAUUCCUCAUCCACCUAGACUUGGAAGGGAAAAGAAAGGAAAAAGAAUGUAAGUCACAUUGGUUCCGCGGCCACAAACCCUUCGGAUCAGCCACUGUUACCCCGGGUUCUCAAGGACUCAGGACCCCGGUCCAAGCUUUCAAAAAUCUCCCAGGCCCGUGAGGAGUCAGAACUAACCCAGGACUAAGUCUUGCUUCUUGUGCCUCCAGUGACCCCCACCCCCGUCCUACCACGAGAUGAGCAAAUGAAAAAGUCUCUCCUUCCAUUCUGCUAUCUCUCCGUCCGCUAACCCAGGGGUGCCUGGCACGCCCCCUGGGGUGGGCCUCGCCCCUCUGCAUCCUGGUCCGUCCUGGGUUCCCUUAGGGCCUUGUGAAUGUAAAUAAGGGGCAGGUCUCGGCCCCAGAGGAUUUAGAUGUUUUUCUAUAUAUUAGAACUAUUUUUUGAUAAAUUAUCUAUUUUCCUUCCUAGUUGAGAGUCCCCGCCCACACCUAGCUGAGACACCUACGCAGUUGUGCGUUGUGUUUAUUCACACACUGCUGACUUCCACGCCAGCUCGCGGGGUUUCGCAGUCCCUCGGCCACAAGGCAGAUGCUCCCGCUGUCCCCAAGGCCACACCAGAGAGCCAGGGUCUAUUCCACACCUGUGACUCCCAUGCCACAGGGCGGCACGGGCGGGGGCAGCACUCUUACCUUCCCGCGUCCUCUAACUUUUAUUUAAGCUGUGGUCAUUGUUUUCUUCAAGAGAACCAGAUUUGGUUCCUCAUACAGAUUUUUCCAGUGAAAUAAAAUGUGUUACAGUA